CUUCGCAGUCGCUCGAAAGCCUUUGUGUCGUCUCAAUAUGUGCUGCAGCUGCUGUGGGGUGACCCAACAAAAGGUCUGGGUCUUCGGCCUGGGAACCUUUUUCGCGGUCUUCGGUCUCCUGGCAAUAAUAUGCUGGCCGGGCUUUAUAGACUCGGAGAUUAUGAAGGCCUUGCCGUUGACACCCACCUCAAAGACGUUUGAAAAAUGGGAGGAGCUGCCCAUUCCGGUGUAUGUCUACAUGUAUCUUUGGAACUGGACCAAUGCCGCAGAUGUGCAGGCUAAUGGAGUUAAGCCUACUUUCGCGCAACUAGGACCCUAUGUCUAUCGAGAGGAGAGAAAGAAGAUGGAUCUUGAGUGGCACGACAAUGGAACAGUGACCUUUAACCCCAGGAGAACUUGGUUCUGGGAGGAGGAGCUCUCCGGCGGAAAACCAACAGAUUUAAUUACGGCCCCGCACUUGCCUUCAUUGGCUGCUUCAAACCAAAUGCGGAAUAGCAACGUCUUCCUGAAAGUCAUGUUCAACGAGGCUCUAAACGCGAAUGGGGGACAUCUCUUUGUGACCCACACGGCAUCUGAAUGGCUGUUCGAAGGUUUCUUCGACGAGUUUCUGAAUUACUCCAUGAAUCUGAAUAACCCAUUGGCCCCAGAAAUCGAGUCGAACGAGUUUGCCUGGUUCCUCAACCGUAAUGGGUCAAAGGACUUCGAGGGUCCCUUCACCGUUCACACCGGAGUGGGUGACAUCAAGGAGAUGGGCGAGAUUAAGUAUUGGAAGGGGCAGAACCACACGGGCUGGUACGAAGGAGAAUGUGGACGUCUCAAUGGCAGCACAACAGACCUUUUUGUGCCCGAUGAGCCCAAGGAGAAGGCUUUGACCAUCUUCAUCCCGGACACUUGUCGGAUCAUAAAUCUCGAGUUUACAGGCCAGAGCGAAACGAUCCAGGGCAUCACGGGCUGGAAGUACGAGAUAACACCGAGCACUUUCGACAAUGGACAGCUCGAUGGCAACGCGAAGUGCUGGUGUCCUUUGGAAAGCCAGCCAGAUAAUUGCCCUGCCAGCGGAGCCACUGACCUAGGACCCUGUGCCAGUGGAGUUCCCAUGUACCUAUCUGCGGAUCACUUCAUGUACGCGGACGAGAGCUAUGGCAGCACGAUUAACGGCUUCAAUCCCAAUUAUGAUCAGAAUAACUUUUAUAUGAUCAUGGAGCGCAAGAUGGGAGUGCCGCUGAAGGUCAAUGCCAACGUGAUGAUUACCUUGUACAUACAGCCAGACAGCAUUAUAGACAUACUGAAGGGCCUUCCGAGUUUCUAUGCUCCCCUUUUCACCACUGCUAGUCGAGCCGAAAUCGACGAAGCCCUCGCCUCAGAACUCAGGUUGGCACUGAAUCUGCCCGCUAUAGGGAGAUAUACUGGAGUGGGAUUCCUGUGCCUGGGCUGCAUUCUUAUAGCAGUUGGCGUGUUACUGACCAUCAAAAGGAAGUGGUAUGGUCAGGCAGAGAUGGACAAACUGGCCCUCAAGGACAACGAGGAAACUCCGGAAAUAGCUGCCAAUGUGGUUGGACGAAACUUGUAAUAUAUUAAUUACAUUUUUCACUGAUGGGCAGCACACAAUUUUUCAAAAACCGUUAUGUGAUAAAAUGUACAUAUCUUUUUGUUCUAGCUUUAAAAUAUAAUAAAUCUUAAAAAUAAAUAAAAAAU